CAAGAUGUAAAUAGUGUUACAUUGGUGACAUUAAAUUGCGCGGGUAUUCUAGAUUUCUGGCUUAAUUGCAUGAGAUAAUCGGUGAUGCGAUGUUGCCUUUGUGCUUACCUACCGAUUGGCAACUCGCAAUCCAGCCUUCGAGAAAGCAGGACGAGUAGCUCACGCAGAUGAGAAAACCACACUCUCGGCCAGGCCACUAUAAAUAAAAGAGCAAAGCACCACCUCGAGAGGCGAUCGAUCCAUCGCAUCAGCCCUGCGAUCGGCCAUGGCAGAGACGCCACCGGCGCCGCAGAAGCCGAAGCCGCCGAUGUCGCGGCUCAUGCGGUUCUCCCUCAGGGUCGUCGACCGCGUCACGGACGCCACCCGCCGCGCCGACGGCACGCUGAACCGCUUCGCGCUCUCCCUGCUGGACCCGCGCGUCCCGGCCAUCUCCUCCCCGUGCCGCGGCGUCGCCUCCCGGGACGUCGUCCUCGACCGCGCCCUCCGCCUCCGCGCGCGCCUCUUCCACCCGGCGAAGGCGACGUCCAGCCCCGGCGCCCCCCUCCCAGUGAUCGUUUUCUUCCACGGCGGCGGGUUCGCGUUCCUCUCCGCGGCGUCCCCGGCCUACGACGCGGCCUGCCGCCGUAUCGCGCGGUACGCCUCCGCGGCUGUGCUCUCCGUCGACUACCGCCGCGCCCCCGAGCACCGGUUCCCGGCGCCCUACGACGACGGGCUUGCGGCGCUCCGCUUCCUAGACGACCCCAAGAACCAUCCCUUUCCACUCGACGUCUCCCGCUGCUUCCUCGCUGGCGACAGCGCCGGCGGCAACAUUGCCCACCACGUCGCGCGCCGCUACGCCGCGGACGCCGCCUCCUUCAGGAACGUCCGCCUCGCGGGAGUCGUUGCCAUCCAGCCCUUCUUCGGCGGCGAGGAGCGGACCCCGUCCGAACUCCGCCUCGACGGCGCCGCGCCCAUCGUGUCUAUCGCGCGCACCGACUGGAUGUGGCGCGCGUUCCUGCCUCCCGACGCAGACCGCACCCAUGAGGCCGCCAACUUCGCCUCCCCCGCGGCCGCCGCGGGGCUCGACUCCCCGGCGUUCCCGCCGGUGCUGCUGACCAUCGGCGGCUACGACCCGCUGCAGGACUGGCAGCGGCAGUACGGCGACAUGCUGCGGGGCAUGGGCAAGGACGUCCGCGUGGUGGAGUACCCGGACGCCAUCCACGCGUUCUACGUCUUCUCGGACUUCGACGACGCGCGCGACCUCAUGGUACGCAUCGCCGAGUUCGUCGCCGAGAGCGGUGCCGGCGGCAGCAGCCAGUGAUCGGAGCCGGAUCAUCUGCGCGCGGGAAGGUGUUCGGCCGCGUGCUCGUCGUCGUUGUCAGUGUCGUGGCGUGUGCGGUGCAGCAGUGAGGUGUUUGGUCGGGGGUGGCGUGUCGUGCGUCGUUCGUUGUGUUGUGGCCUUUUGGAGAAGCAGGUGCGGUUGCGUGAUCGAGAGAGGUAAGAAAAUGUGUGUGAUUACUUUGGUAAGUUUGUAUGAUGUGUCUGCUGAGUGAUAUAAAUUAAGUUA